GUUUUUGGCUGUAAACAGUUUCGUCGUUGCUGUUGGCUCGUGUGGGCGCGUUUUAAAUUUCUGUGUCCUGUGCGUCGCGGCGUUUUGCUUGAACGGGUUUUUUUCUCGAUGCAUUUGAAGCCUUUGUGGAUUCGUGUGGACCCCGAAAUAAAAGUGCAACGCUUUCAAAUUUAAUCGAUGUUGUGCCGUCCAAACUACAUUGUAUAUUUGCUGUCGCAAAGCGUCGCAUUUGAAUUGCCAAAAUAGACAACAAAGUUUUGCUUAAGCCAUCGAUUUUUCGCGCUGUUUAAAACGCGUCUUCUGUGGGUGUACGUGAGUGUGAGUGAGUGUAUGUUCCAUUGUGCCUGUGUGUGUGUGUGAGGACCUUUGCGCACACAUACGCACAGAUAAACCGAAAAUACGGGCUGACGAAACGCUGCUGUCGCCGCCAUUCAAAGUCCUUUACAGCUGCUGCCUCUGCAGCUGCCAGGCUACAAUAGAAGAGCAAAGCAGCAAAAACAACAACAAAAUACCCAAGAGAUUCCCUGCCGCUCGCUCACCUGGUCAACGUUCUUGUUCUCGCACUCUCUUGAUGUGUUACUGAUGUGUGAGUGUGUGUGUGCGUGAUCUUUGUGCAUUCAAUUUGCACAAAUUUGAAGAAGCGUUAAUGCAAAAUUCGCAAAUCCAAAACGUCACCCGUCCACGAACAUCGCAAAUUGCCAUCCAACUUUGUUAUUUUGCACAUACACACAACCACACACACGGGGGGAGCAAUAAUAGAAUUUAUCAGACGUCCAUUUGCUGCUAAAAACUCCCGAAACAACAACAACAACAACAGCAGCAGCAGCACAAAAUCAACAAGCGAAGAAGCGAAGACGGCAGAGUGAAAGAGAAGGCAAGAAUGCCUUGGGGGACCCUCUGACAUUUUCAUCAGUGGCCACCGAAGGAAUAAGCAGCACGACAACAACUACAGCAACAACAGCAACGACGAAAACAACAACAAAAGCAACAAGAGCAACUGGCACAGUUAUUCGUACUGCUUGCCGCGCUCUCUGUGGUUACUACUGAGCUGCCAUGUCCGGCACGCUCUGCGAGAUGGAGCAACCACAACAGCAACCAGAACAACAACUGCUGCUGCCUGGCGAGGAUGAACAUCAGCUGGCCGUGUGCUUGGCCAGCCUGGAGCUGCAGGAGUGCGAACAGUCGCUGACCGUGGUCCAGAGCAACUGCGAUGGCAGCGACAGCGGUCUCGAUGUGCCCAGCAGCUGUUGCUUAUCACGAAUGACGCUGCAACGCGGCUUGAGCAGCACAAGCGGUGGCUACACCAGCAGCAAUGGUCUGGAGGAGAUCUACGACAGCUGCGAACUGCAGUUGAUGAGCAGUUGCAGCGCAGUCUCGCCCAGCGAUCAGAGCAGCGAGUGUUCCCAGCAACAGCAGCAGACGAAGCCGAACACACAGAAGGCAACGACGUCGACGACGACGCCACAGCGACGCACGCACAAUGGCAGCGUGAAGAAGAAGGUGGCCAUGUUUGAGCCGGAACCGGAGCAACAGUCGCCGCCGCAGCUGCGCGGUCGCGUGGCCAACUUGAAGCGUGCCGCCAGCUUGCCAAGGCAACAACAACAGCAGCAACAACAACAACAGUCACAGGCGGGGCAGAAGGAGAAGUCACGUCCGCUGACCAGCUCCAGUUCGUUUCGUGCGCCCAGUGCCACGCCCACAUCUACAACUAUGCGCACGCCACGCCCACAGAAGCCAGACACGCUGCCCAGUGCGCUGAAUCGCGCUCAAUCCGUGCAGCGACUGUCGCAAGUGCAGCGCACGCCUUCGCUAAGUCGCGCACGCACGCCGGGCACGCCUUCCGACGACGGACGCUGGCCGGCGAAUCGCGGCGCUGCGGGCGCAAGGCGUGGCAUGUCUGUGACGCCAGAUGUGAUGGCCAGUCGACUGCGCGGGAGUCCAGCACCAGGUGGCACAUUGCCACGGCGACGCAAGCAACAGUCUGUGGAGGAUUUGAGCGUGGGACGUUUGUCGCGCAGCAACUCCAUCAGUCGUGCUGCGGUCGUGGAUGCACGGAUGACUUCCUCCGUCAUGCUGACGCCCACCAGUCGUCGUAGUCUGGCGCCACCCGCAGCCAGCGCCAAAGUCAAUUCGCUGCGUCGCCCACAGCAGCAGCAGCAGCCAAGGACACGCAUUUACCAUGAGACAGCGGUUCAGACAGCUCUGACCAGCGAUGACCUGGAGCAAGUGCUCAACGGUGGCGUGCUGCAGACGCGCGCCUUGGACGCCGUGGAGCAGCGUGAUCAGUGCACGCAAGCCGAGCCCGAUCAGCGUGAUCAUGAGCUCGAGCAACUGCGCCAGGAGGUGCGUCAGUUGAGCGGCAAGCUGCAGCGGGAGCGUGAGGAGAAACUGGCCAUGCAGCAGGAGUUGCAUCUGAAUACGGAGCGUGUCAUGGGCAUGCUGGAGUUGGCGCGCGUUGUCAGCGCCAGCGCAGGCACGCCCACCUCUGAGGAUAGCGGCGAUGGCAGCGGACACGACAGUCUGCUAAUGCUCGAGUCGCAGAUACAGAUGAGUGGCCAUGAGUUGUUCGAGCGGCAGCAGGAGAUUGGGCAGCUGCGUGCCUUGUGUCGUGCUUUGCAGCUGGAGAUGCGACGAUCGCUGGCCACGCAGCAGCUGCUGCUGCAGGAGAAGGCUGCCAUUGAGCAGGAAUCGAGCGAGUUGCAGGACUUUUUGCAGCACGAGAAGGCGGCGCAGUGUGAUGCGCUCAGGGAACUGGAAACGGAGUAUCAGACAGCCAAGGCGCAGCUGGCCAAUCGCGAGGAGGAGGCCAAAGUAUUGCGCGACGAGUGCCGGCAUCUGGUGCGUUUGAAUGAGCAGCGUCGCCAGGAGAAUCGUUUGCUGCAAACCAAAUACGCAGCGCUGGAGAACAAGUCGCGUGAGCUCAUCCAUCAGCAGAAUGCGGCGGUGGCAGGCGCCUCCACAGCGCUGUCGGGAUUGCACACACGCCUCGACAGCCUGGUGGAGCAGCUGGUGUGCUCCUACAGCAUCUCCGAGCAGGAUCUAGAGGACAUACGCUUCCAGGCUGAAUCGCUCGCUGCGGAAACGGAGCACGCUCAAAAUGGCAUGAAGCCCAACGGUAUAGACUUGCCACUGAGUCCGGCUGCCAAUGGCGAUGCGCUGCAUACUCUAGUACUAACCAGUGAUGGCUCGCUGUCGCCGCAGCGCAAUCAAUCCUUCAUCGCCGCCGUCAUCGGUGCCAUACGCCAGGCCACAACGCACUCGGGCAAGCGACUUUCGCUGCGUCAUGGUGGCAAAAGACAGCAAGGUCAGCAAGCGGCUGCAGGACAUUCGAUGCUGACGCUGCACAACAACGAACCAGUCAGCCUCAACGGCAACGGCGAUGACUCUGAUUCCACCGAAAUGCUCGACUCGGAAACGGAACCCUGCCUGCUGAUGAUGGACAAUGUGCUGGAGGAUGUUGUGCAGCCGGAUUCGCAUUCACACAACAUGGUUUCCUCAUGCACGGGCAUGAUCUCGCAGAUUGAGCUGCCCACAGAGCUGAUCAGCCAGUGCAGCCAGCAACAACAACAUCAGCAGAGUGUCAAUGGCGAUGAUUCGCUGCAGCAGCUCUCACAGGCCAUCACCAAUCGCCAGCAAAUGGAACUGCACGUGCACAAGUUAAGUGUGCUGCCCAUGAACAAUCGCGAUCAAUGCAACACGGAGGAGCUAAGUUGCCAUGACUCGCUGGCUGAGCUGCCCUCGCUGAUGGAAUACAGCACAGCUCAGGCAGUUGUGGACCAGGUCAUUGAGGUGGACACUCUGGUUACCAAAUUGCUCAAAGUGCUGCGACUUGUGCAGCUGGACAACGACAAUUGCAUACAGCAACUGAUCGUGGAUAAAAACAAACUACAACAGCAUAAGGAAGAUAUGCUGGAGAAGCUAAAAGACUUGGAGGAUGUCAAUCUAAAGUUGCAGGACGAACUAAUGGACGCCACACAGGAGCUGAUGAUCAAGGGCAGCGAUCUGAGUGGCGCCAAGUCGGAAAUGCAGCGACAUCGCAACGAAAUCGACCGUCUCAAUGAGGACAUCUGUACGCUGAGCACUUUGUGCAGCAGCUACAAGAAGCUCUCGCCCACCACAGAGUUUCCGCCCAUGCAGCUGUUGUCGCCCAACCAGGCGCCCGAGCAGGGCGACGUCCUGGGCAUAUUGAAUCUGUUGAAAAUGUGGCAUUCCGGUGGUCAGCUGCAGGAUCAGCGUGUCAGCAGCUAUCUGCGCAAUGUCUGUGGCACACAACUCACAGUCAAUACGGCGGCGCAUCAGGACAACAAUAAUGUGGAGCGUCUGCGCAUCUAUGCCAAUCAAUUGGAGCACGUCUCGCGCGUCCUUGACAACUGUCAGAGCCUGCAGGAGCAACCUUUGCAGCAGCUGCGACAGGACAUGGAAAUAGUGCGUUUAAAUGCGAGCUGGUCGCAGUUGCUGGAUCAAUCGGAGGAGCGCGAUCUCAAUGCAAAUGGUGGCGAUGUGACGGCUUCAAGGCCUUGAAUGGUGUCAAAUUGUUGUUAAUUAUCUAGUUAACUAUUAGAACUUACAAGUUGUUUAACUUUACGUAGUUAGUUACAAAUGUUUGCGUCCAAUUCUAAUCGACAUGAAAAAAAUCGAGGCUAAACUUAGACUUAUUCAGCCGAAGCAAACACGUUUAUUUGCUAUAGUAGCCUAAAAGAAAUCUAUUCCAAAAUUUGUUCUAAAGUCAAAAUUCUCUAAUCAAAAUCUUAACGUUUUAAAGUUUAAAUCAAAUUAACUAGCAAACAUUAUGUUGCAUACUUUUUGGGAUGCCUUGAAUUUUGUAGUUGAAUGCAAACACUUGCCUAAUUUUUGUUGCAUACUUGCAGGCAGCGACUCGAAAGCACCCGUGCUCAAUUGAAAUUAUCUAUUGCAUACUUUUUGGCGGUAUCUUUGCUGACUGCAGCGCAUUGAAAAGCGCUUUGAAUAGUAUUAUUUAUUGAUUGAUUAAUGUAUUUGCGGGCUUAGGCACCAUGGCCAUGUGCUACCUGA